AUGCGAUUCACCGCGUCCAGCCUCUGUCUGUCAAUUUUUAUCUGUCAACUGGCAGAUAGCACCAGAGGAGUGCUCAUCCCCAGAAUUCCCGAUGGAGCCCGCGCUACCGAGGCGGCUGCCAGUUCCUCUCAGCCAACAAGGGUUUCCUACCCAGCCGCGUCGAUGCAGUAUUGGAUCUUCCCCGCACAAUUUCACGACGUCGAGAAGCAUUUAGCAUUUCUUGAGGUUUCUCCCCAUUUGACGCUCGAGGAGAGGCGUACCAUAUAUGAGAAAGACCAGAACGAUAUUAUCUGGCGAAGACACCCGGGUAAGAUCCCAUUCGCAGAGCCGGGGCAAUCAGCCGAAUAUGAAUCUCUCAAAAUACAACUUGAAUUCAAAUACCUUGUGGAGAGGCAGGGUACCUCGGUUUCCCAAAUCCUGAAAUGGCUUGCAACUCUUUCCAAUGCUAUCUACUUGCUUGGCAUGACUGGCGAUUUGAACACACCACACAUGGCCGUAUCUGCCUCGUACGGCCUCUACAGCCUUAUGCGGAUGUAUCCCCUAGAUGAUGAAGGGCUUCUAGAAGAAGUUAAUAAAGCAAUUCUGUAUUUUCAAAAAAUCUUCAAGCAAGGACGUAAUGCGCCAGGAAAUUAUUUGAGAUGGGAAACGGAGCUCCUCAAUCCGUCAGCUGGAUUCUCACCAGAGAUAGCCAAUCUGGAUGAAUUUCGGGCGAUCUUCGAAAAAGAUCCCCAGAUUAGCAAGGCAGUGUCCAUCCAUAGGGAAGAAAGGGAAGAACCCCUCAAGGCCCUCGCCGCAAACUUCUCCUCUUCAUCUUCUCACAAGAGGGUGACGACCCUGGCUGUCUUUUAUCAUGUGCUCACACAAGAUCCAAUGGAUCAGCUGUACACAACCCAGUUUCAAAGAAUUCGCAGCCAGCCGACUCUUUUUUUACAUGAGCAAGAACUCAUAGAACAUGUACCUUACCACACCUAG